CCUUAAAAAACAUGGGACCUCGAUCGAAAGUACAAGCAGUAGCUGUGUCCGAGGUGACAGGACACGCGAGGGGGCAGGAGAGCUGCAGGUACAGGGGCCCAUUGGUACCUGGAAGUCACUGCGUCCUAUAACUCCUUCCUACCAAGUUCUGGUCACCUCCUAGACUGACUCUGAAGUAGUGAGGUGACUGCACUAAGGAGGACUGAGAGGUGACUGCACCCAGGAUCCUUCCCUGCUGUCGGUGUAUGACAGGAGACACAGCACAGGACUUCUCUUCCUGUUGUGGCCGCUGUCUGUCCUAAGUCUAUUGCGAUAAAGCGGCUACAGAGAUGACAGACGACAAAGCCCAUGGUCAGGAAGACCUGGGGACCGAGGAGUCGCCUAAUUAUGUCCCGACAGAAGAGCAGAGCCCAGCAGAAGACGAGAGCUCCCCUGUCAACCUGGAGGAGAAGAAAGAGAACGGGGAGUGGACCUCCGGGCCAGGGGAUGAAGACAAGAAGCUGGAAGCCCCUGAGGCCACCACCACCGGCACCGGACAGGGCACCGAGUUCACCCCGCCGGAGGGAGGCUGGGGCUGGAUUGUUAUGCUGUCUGCCAUGUGGUGUAAUGGCUCAGUGUUUGGCGUCCAGAACGCUUGCGGGGUCCUCUUCGUGGUCCUGGUGAAGGAGUUUGGCUCCGAUAAUGACCCCCAGCUCAUGUUCAAGACAGCAUUGGUGAACUCCUUAUCAAUGGGAAUGAUAUUCUUCUGUUCCCCUGUUGUCAGCAUAUUUACGGACAUGUUCGGAUGUCGAAAGACCGCAGUUGUUGGUGCUGGAAUUGCGAUUAUUGGCCUUCUUUCAAGUUCUUUUGUCAAGAGCCUGGGGCCUCUUUAUUUUACUUAUGGAAUAUUAUUUGCCUGUGGCUGUUCAUUUGCUUACCAACCAUCACUGGUAAUCUUGGGACACUACUUUAAGAAACGUUUGGGUAUAGUAAAUGGUAUUGUCACAGCAGGCAGCAGCCUAUUUACUGUGUCACUACCCUUUUUGCUUAGCUUUUUGCUUGAAGAAAUUGGACUUUAUCAUACCCUGCGUGUAUUAUGUAUUCUCAUGUUUGUACUCUUUUUGGCUGGAUUCACCUACAAGCCAUUGUUGCCUAAGAACAGCAACAGGCGUAAAAAGAUCUUCAAUUUCUCCAUCUUCAAAUCCAAGAGUUAUUGCAUAUGGGCAUUUGGCAUCCCUGCAGCACUAUUUGGAUAUUUUGUGCCUUACGUUCAUUUGAUGAAACAUGUUAAGGAACGUCUGGGACCUGAUGUCAGGGAAGAGGUUUUGUUGCUAUGCCUUGGUGUUACCUCUGGAGUUGGAAGGCUUGUUUUUGGCAGAGUUGCGGAUUACAUUCCAGGUGUCAAAAAAGUCUACUUACAGGUGAUAUCUUUUUUUUUAAUUGGACUGAUGUCUAUGAUGAUUCCAUUGUGCAAUAAUUUUGGUAGUCUGAUCGCUGUCUGUCUCUUCAUGGGCCUGUUUGAUGGCUGCUUCAUAUGUAUUAUGGCUCCCAUUGCAUUUGAGCUUGUUGGCCCAGAGAAUGUAUCUCAGGCCAUUGGAUUUUUGCUUGGAUUUAUGUCUGUUCCUAUGACUGCUGGUCCACCUUUUGCAGGCUUUUUGCGUGACCAACUUGGAUCUUACGAUGUAGCAUUUUAUUUGGCGGGUGUCCCCCCUAUCAUUGGUGGAAUUAUCCUUUGUCUUAUCCCCUGGAUCCAUGAAAGGACUAUAAAUAAGAAGGAAAAAGCUUUGGACAAUGAAGCUGAAGAGAAAAUGAUGGAUACUGUGGCCAGUGCAUUGACACCUGGCACAGCUGAGAAUUCUAAAAAGGAAGAUGUCUCCGUUAUAUAAUUUCUAUUAUUUUACAAAAACUAAUUUUGUAUGACUUUUAUAUAACAGUGACUGAAUUUUGUAUUGGUGCUACAAAACCAAAGCUGUAUGAUCACAAUAGGCUGUUUGCUUGCAUAUGCAACUGCCAUGUCAGAUUCCUUUAUUAUGCCUAUAGAUACUCCGCACCCAUGUGUGGGUAUCAUGCCAGGACUAUAGAGCAACCUCAUGAAUGCCACAAAAAACAGAUACAUAUUCAGAACUAGCUUUAAAGCAAUGCAGGGAUUUGUUUUUAUAGCGUCCUCUCUAUUAAUAUUCAGUCAUAGUGGCUGAACAAUUUUCUUCUUUGUUUACCAAAUAUGUGCACAAAAAAUUAUCUGAUUUACAACCACAUAAGACUGCUGGAGUUAUAGUGCUUGAAGGCUUUACAAUAUGUAUUUCAGUGUAUUUUAUUUUGUAGCCUGCUGGACUUUUUUUGCAGUUAAUGCUGGGUAUUCUUACAGUUCUUAAUUGUUUCUAGAUUACCAAAAGCAAUCAAUAAUUUACAAAGUCAUCCACAAUCAAUCUGUGUUCACACAUGGGCUAUGUUCACAUAUGCUGUUUUUACCAUGACAAUUUUAGGCUAGAUUAGUGGGCAUACUUUUCCCUGAAAUACAUUACAUUUGCAUUGUAUAGGCAUUAUUCUGUGUUUAUGGAAAUGCAUUUUUUUUUACUUCAUGCUGUUUGUAGAGGCAGGACAGUAUCAUUCUGCAAAUGAUAGUUGAUGGGUGCAUAAACAUGUUUGUCCAUAUAAACAGCUUUUUUUUUUUUUAACGAGACCGAUCAGAAAUAUAUCCAAUGUUCUAGUGAUUAUAGAUGCUCAGGAAAAAUUAGUAAAUUGCAUCCUUCCCCUUUUAGGCAAGGCAGGAAGUACAGCGGUUUGUUAUAUAUAUUAAGCUAUACAUUCCUGUAAGAAGAAGUUUUAAAGUAUCCUUUUUGUGCAUGACAACAUCUCUCUUCCAUUUUGGAUUGAUACAUAACCUUUGAGUUGUUUUGGAAAAUUACCAUUCCAUAUGUAGUGUCCAUUUCCAUUUUAAUUGUUAUAUUCUUUAUCACCAGUGUGCAACUUUGUGUUUUCUGUUUAUGCACUUUAUGACCUAAUUGUUUACAGGUUACCUCCUGUGAAUAAUUUCCUAUAAUCCAAAGACUUUGAAGGUGUCUAUACUAUCUGUUAAUGGUGCAGCUGUAAGGUUUCGCCAUGAAUAUGUGCCUUAUGAGCAUGCCAUCUUAUUUGAUAACUAUGCAAGAAAUUUUGCUUAAAAGGGGUACUCCGCUGCUCAGCGUUUGGAAAAAACUGUUCCGAACACUGGAGCCGGGAUCGGGAGCUCGUGACGUCAUAGCCCCGCCCCCUCAUGAUGUCACGCCCCACCCCCUCAAUGCAAGUCUAUGGGAGGGGGCGUGAUGGCUGUUGCCACGAGCUCCCGGCGCCAACUCCAGCAUUCGUAACAGUUUGUUCCGAACGCUGAGCAGCGGAGUACCCCUGUGUCAUGCACUUCCACCUCAGUUAUAACACAGUGUAUAACACUUUGUAUGGGCUUUGAGUGUUCCUCUAAUAGUAACCAGUAAAGAAUAAAUAUUCCAAAGAUUUAUUAGAAACGACAAACAAGUUCAACCUAUUAUAUUGUAUUAUGAUGAAUUUUACAGUGUUUAAAAUUGACUAUUAGGUUGACAAUGAAUAUAAAUGAGAAGUAUAUUAAUACAGUGUUUCCCAACCAGG